UCGCGGAGCCCCGGCGGCGUGACGGCUGGGCCGCUCCCCGGAGCCUUUGGAAGGCCAGGCGUCCCGGAGGGCCUUGGCGAGGCGUCGGGGCCGGCCCUGCGCCUCCGCGCCCUCGGCCUGCGGGUCGCUGCGGCUGGACUCGGUCGGCGCCGCGCUUGGCGACGCGGAUCCUGGGAAGCCCGUCGGGCUGGGCGCCGCCGAACGGUCUCCUUCCUCCUUGGAGUUCCAGCCACCCUCCGAAGCUUGGGCCCGGCCUCAGCCCCUAGGCGAGCCUGCCCACGGGCCUUUUUGUGUCCAGGUCGCCCUCGUCGCGCGCUUUGUUUUCCCUACCGCGUUCAGCCGUCAGAUCCUCGUCUGAAAUCAGACAGCCCCUAGGGCUUGAGAAACUGCUGGCCCAUCCUUACAAAAAAAAAAGCACAAGAUACUGAAAAGUACCUGCUACCCUCGGCAGGCUGCCUGCUAGUCCCUUUGCCUCCAGCAGCCUGGGAUACAAUCUUACAGCUCUAGAUUUCUUCUUCUGAGAUAAAGGCCAUGUCACCUCCUGGAAAAGUUGCCCGGAAAGAGAAUCUGGGGCUCCAGUGUGAGUGGGGGUCCUGCUCUUUUGUGUGCUCAGCCAUGGAGGAGUUCUUUGAGCACGUCACUCAGCACCUGCAACAGCACAUGCAUGGCUCUAAGGAGGAAGAAGAGGAAGAGGACCCACUUGAGGAAGAAUUCUCCUGCUUAUGGCAGGAGUGUGGCUUUUGCUGUCUGGACAGUUCUGCCGACCUCACCCGCCAUGUCUACUUCCACUGCUACCACACCAAGCUGAAACAGUGGGGACUGCAAGCCCUGCAAAACCAGGCUGACCUCAGCCCCUGCAUUUUGGACUUCCAGAGCCGGAACGUCAUCCCUGACAUCCCUGACCAUUUCCUGUGUCUAUGGGAACAGUGCGAGAGUACCUUCGACAAUCCUGAGUGGUUCUAUCGGCACGUGGAUGCGCACAGCCUGUGCUGUGAAUACCAAGCUGUCAGCAAGGACAACCAUGUGGUGCAGUGUGGCUGGAAAGGCUGUACGUGUACCUUCAAGGAUCGGUGUAAGCUUCGAGAACACCUCCGCAGCCACACCCAGGAGAAGGUAGUGGCUUGUCCCACCUGUGGGGGCAUGUUUGCCAACAACACCAAGUUCUUAGAUCACAUCCGUCGCCAGACCUCAUUGGAUCAGCAGCGUUUCCAGUGCUCCCACUGUUCCAAGAGAUUUGCUACAGAGAGGCUGCUUCGAGACCACAUGCGGAACCACGUGAAUCACUAUAAAUGCCCUCUGUGUGACAUGACCUGCCCACUGCCUUCCUCCCUCCGAAAUCACAUGCGCUUUCGACACAGUGAGGACCGUCCCUUUAAAUGUGACUGUUGUGACUACAGCUGCAAGAAUCUGAUUGACCUCCGGAAGCACUUGGACACCCACAGCAAGGAGUCAGCCUACAGGUGUGACUUCGAGAACUGCAGCUUCAGUGCCCGAUCCCUCAGCUCUAUCAAGUCCCAUCACCGCAAAGUGCAUGAAGGAGACUCAGAGCCAAGGUACAAAUGUCAUGUCUGUGACAAAUGCUUCACACGUGGCAACAACCUCACUGUGCACCUUCGCAAGAAGCACCAAUUCAAGUGGCCCUCGGGGCACCCUCGUUUUCGGUACAAGGAGCAUGAAGAUGGCUACAUGCGGCUACAGUUAGUUCGCUAUGAGAGUGUGGAGCUGACACAGCAGUUACUGCAGCAGCUACAAGAAGGAUCAGAUCCAGGGUUGGCACUGAAUGAGAACAGCCUGCAGGGCAUUGUUCUAGAAACAGUGCUGGGGUCCCCAGGACCUGAGGAAGAGACAGAAGAGGAAGGUGGGGUUGUUGAGGGGACAACCCUCUCAGCUUCUCAGGGCAACCCCAUUCAUAUGGUCGGUCAGACGGACACCCAGGGCCAGCGAGACAUUGUCUACUAUGUGCUGUCCGAAGCUCCUGGAGAGCCCCCGCCAGUCUCUGAGCCACCCUUGAGGGAGAUGGAAAACCUCCAAGGAAUACCUGAGGAUCCAGGGGUCCAGAUGGGCUAAGGCGGCAGAGCCUCACCACUCCUACUCCAGGUCUUGGAGUUUGAGCCAGGCAGGAAGCAGUGCCCCAAUGGGCAGCAUUUGUUCUUGUAUGCCUUCAGAUGUGGUGCUGAGAACAGUGUCCCCUCUGACUCAGGCAGCAUCAUUCUAUAGACUGAGUAAUUUCGUUUCCCCCUAUACUGCUCUUUGUGGGGAACCUGUGGAGUUGGAUUGAUUGAGGAAAUCCUACAUGUGUUCUCAUUAGAGGAUCUGUUUCCAGGCUUAAGCAUACUCCCUUGCCAUGCUAGACAGUGAGUAAAUGUUUAGUCCACGUCCAUUCCUAUCUCCAGGGGUCUGUUGGCCAGGGGAUGAGUGACUGUGCUGUACAAGGGCCAUUUCCUCACUGAGAACCAGGUGCCAUUUCUCUCAAGGUUUCCUUUUACAUUCCAGGGACACUUGUUAUCUUCAGGGACAGGAUUGGAGACACUGUAUAUGUGUGACAGUUGUGUUUUUAGUAAUAAAAGAAGCACUUGAGCUGUUA